CGCGCUUUAGUCACAGUUCGGAUUUUGCCAGCAGCAGCACGGCAGCGAUAAUCGAAGAUUACACGGCAGAGAUAGAGAUAAUACGGAAUACGCGAGUGAGAGAGUGAAGAUGUCCCAGACCCUGGACGAUCUGCUGUUGCGCCAGGAGCACGCCCGGCAACUGCGCCAGGCCUCGCGCUCAAAGUUUCGGCGCAUCAACUCGCUGGAUCUGAUCCCGGAGCACCCCAGUCAGUCGGAGGAGGAGGAGGACAAGGAUUCGCAGACGCCGCACAGGCAUUUUGUCACCCUGCGACGCCAGCGAACUGCGGAUGGCAGUCUCCUGAGGAGUCAGUUCCAGACGCAGUCGCCGCCGCAACCCAAUUUGGGCACUCGAGUCCUGCUCUUUGGCCCCCAGUUGCUGAUGAGACUGGUCCUGACCAUCCUGAGAUAUGUGCUCUACAUACCCCUCUCCAUUGCGGCGCCCAGCUUCUGGCUGUCGGCUCUGCUCUGGAUCUUCUGGAAACUCCUGCGGGUGCCCAUUGCCCUGGUCAAGUGGCUACUGAGCGGCGAGGAGGAACUGGGUGCAGUGCAGCGCCAAAAGACCAUUCUCCUGAGUUGCGGCAGCACCAUACAGACCCUCCACUUGGCCAGGAACUUCUACGGAUCCGGCGCUCGAGUGGUGGUCUUCGAGUUUGAGGGAUUGUUUGGACUGGCCCGUUUCUCCACGGCGGUGGAUAAGUUCUAUGUGGUGCCCAGACCCACGGCCAACAAUCCAGAUCAGUACAUAGCCGCCCUGUGCCACAUAGUGAAGAAGGAGCGACCCUCGGUCUAUGUACCGGUGUGCGCCACCAGUCCGGCCUACUACGAUGCCCUGGCCCGACCCCACCUGGAGGUACUGGGCUGUGCCAGUUUCAUACCGGGCGUGCAGGAGACCCAGCAACUGGAUGACUGCCUGCAGCUCUUCCAGAGAUGCGAGCAGCAACAGAUGGCUCUGCCCGCCCAUGUGGUCCUGACUGCUCCCCGACAGUUGCAACAGAUAUACGAGAGUGGUUUCGUGGGCAGCUACAGGAACAUCCUGAUGGCCGCCGGAAUGCAAGGAGUGCUGGAGCGGCACAAGUACAUAUUGCCCAAUAGGAGAGCGGAACUGAAGCUGAACCAGCAUGAAAUCAGCGAGAGACAACCAUGGUUGGUGGUGCGGGAUCAGCCGGGCUAUCAUCACUAUGUGACCUGCACCACCGUCAAGGAUUCGCGGGUGGUGGCCAAUGUAAGUUGCAGGGUGGAGCACCACACCAAGAACCUGAUACCAGUGCCCCGGGAUGACGAGGCGCAGAUAGAACUCUGGUUGCGCUCCUUCUUCGCCAAGGUGCGCUUCCAGAGACCCAUCAAUGGACACAUCAGCUUCCGGCUGGUCAAGAGCCCCGCCCACGGGGGUCAAUUCGUGCCACUGGGCACGCGACUGGGCGUGGCCCUGCCCUACAUAUGUCACAAUAGAUCGCAUGCCCAGCUAUUGUGUCGCGCGAUGAAGUGCAUCCAUAGGAGGGGACUGCCGGAGGACGAGCUGCCCAACUGGAGCUGGUCGGCGCUAGAGAGGAGCACCUCGACAACGGCCCUGGACAAGAGGGAGGCACUGUUCGCCUACUGGGAUCCGCUGCCUUAUUGCGCCUACUAUCACUUCCAGCUGCCACUUGAGAACGUGAAGCUGUUUUUGCAACGCCGGAAUCGCACCACGACCAAAAGUUUAUCGCCCCGCAUCACGGUGCCGGUUCAUUGAACGGGUGGAGCCACAGCCAGCCGGAGCCACUGCAUCAGCAUCAGCAUUGGCAGUCAGCAGUCAGCAUCUAGCAUUUAGCAUCAGGCGGGCCAGCGAGAGAGAUUACACAGACUGAUCAAUAAUGGAAUAUAUAGAAACACAUAUAGAUUAUAUUUUCGCAUUCUAUACUAUUUCUUUUUUUUGUUUACGCCAAUGGGGUUCAACAUCCAUCUAAGAAGAUUAGGCACGUUAAAAAAACAUGUACACACACACACCACCCAUGCACAUGCACAUGCACGAAUAUAGAAUAUACACCAUACUAUACUGUAUAAUAAAUAAUAUUUAUAUUUUAA